AUGGAUAAAUUCCCAGACGAAAUUCUUCUUAUGAUUUUUGAAUGGUUGCCUGCCCACGAAGUAUGUGCUGGAGUCGCACGCGUCUGCCGACGUUGGGCUCGUGUAGCGCGAAGGCGUGCUUUAUCCUUACGCCACGCACGCCACCUUAAACGAUUACGCCAUCGUCCUAGAGCUGUACUUGCUGCUGCGCGCUUGCCCGAGCCCAAUGUUUUAUUUCGUAGCUUAGAACUUCUUGCUCCGUGUCUGAAAGAGCUUAGUAUCCACGCUGAAAUGCCUCUCAGUGACGACGAAUUACGAAUUUUGGCAAGAUUACCUCAUCUCCGACAUCUCGACGUGUUUGCUCGGUCACGCUUCCUCGGAUCAUCUUUUCUUCCGGUUGCUAAACGUCUUGGAUCUCUGGUUGUGAAUGAGAAUGUAACAAGAGGAGUUUUUCACGCAUUGGCGUCUCCAGCUUGUCUCCAUGCACUCCACAUGUAUGGUCGUUCAUUGCAUUAUCCACGACGUGAUUUAUUAUUUUUAUUGCAUGCCAGUGUUAAUCAACUGUGUGAACUAACACUGCGGUGUAAUGAGCUGACAGAUGCGGUUUAUGAAGUGAUCUCUACUUGUACUAAUCUUAAGACUUUGCAGUUGUAUUCUUGCUGGCUAAUGACAAGAACUGGUGCUAUGUACUUAACACAUCUCAAACAAUUACGUUGUCUUCAUAUAACUGGAGCCCGUAUGGUGAGGAACCGUGCCUUAGCAGCCUUGAUACAUGGUCUGCCUCAAACAAUUGAAGAACUAGUGUUGAGUGCAUCAUGGUUUAGUGAUGAGCAUAUACCUGCAUUAAUUGAAAAGUUACCAGGAUUACAUGUUCUUGAACUAUGGCGUUGUCGGGCAUCAGCUGAUGGACUUACAGAGUUAGUGACUUCAUUGCCUGUUUUAGAACAAUUUGACACAGAUAUGAUGCUUGGUUCUCAUAAUGAACAUAUUAUAGCAGUGCAUCCAUCACUCAAAACAGUGCGAUGUCGCUUAGAUACAACUUCUACUAAGAUGAAAUCAGGAAAUGAACAAGUAAAAUAUUUAGCUGCAGAUGCGAAAUAUCUGAAUGCUGUGUUGCGGGGAGAUGGGGAAGGUUAUCGUGCCGAUUUAUUUUAUUACUGGACUCAGAGAGUGCCCUUGGAAACAUUACCACAAAGUUCAAAAUCCUGGGGUCAACCAUAUAGUUGA